UUUAAAGUGCCGACUUUUCUCUUUAAACUACUUUUUUAAUCAUCAUUGCGCGAUAAUUUUUUCACUAGUUAUAAACGUUCAAACUCAAUGGAUUGAUUUUACUUCAGUAGUGAAUAACUCGGCGAAAAAAUCAUAGGAUAUUCAUCAAAAAAGCAAAUUAAAGAUAAAACUCUGCUCUUUAAAAUCCAGUUAACGAAAUCGUGUUACAAUUUUUUUUUCUUUGGCACUUUUUGACAAACUUUUGAAAAAAUUGUUGAAUCGACGAAUGUCGCUUUUUCAUAAUGUAAUUUUGUAACAAAUAAAAAGAAAUAAACUCGACUAAAAGAUUCUGAAACUAGAAACUUCAAGCUUUGUAACGCUUUUUUAUUGAUCUCAAUCCGAUUAUAUGUAACGAAGUUGCAGCCACUUGAAAAUUGCCUUUUCUGUAGAAAGAAGGUGGCCCUUUUUAAUUUUUUGCGUAGUAUAUAACUACGGUAUUUUUCAUAUUCUGUCUCUUCUCUCUUGACCUGUCCGGCAUGGGUGAUCCUAGUGACCCAGUAACUACGUUACCACCGGCAUAGCUCUUAGGUUUAUUAGAGUACUCAAAUCUCCUCACCCGGUAAACACCUAUGACGUUUAUUGUUGCACUAUACGUGGUUACAUAUUACUUAUGAACGUUAGUUACUCAUUAAUAAUAUUAAUAAUGAAAUUGAACAAAUCUUAAAAAGUCUAGCUCUUUUUAAAGUAGCGACAAAUGUCUUCACAGAAGAAAAUCGCAAGUGGAGUGUAGCAAAUAAAAAAUAAUGGUUCGGCAAAAGUGCUUCAUUUAAAUCGAUUAUUCAAGCUGAUGAUUCAUGAUGGUCACCAAUCAAAUACAAAUACGCAAUCGCGUCAUAUGAAGCUCGAUUAGAACCGCACGAUACAAACGUUUCAGUCCGUCAAGAACGAUGUACACGAAUAGUGGGCCUUCAAGAGCACGAUAGUAUAUAUAUAUAAAAAACAAUUAUCACACAUACAGUUUUUAAUUGAACGCAGUAUUUAAUCAAACAAGAGAUAUAUAGAAAAUAUAUACAAUCUGGUAAAAUUUGGCGCAUGAAUAGUGACAAAAUUAAAGAUUUAUAAUUCAGUAAUUUCCUGUUCGUCUAUAAUUUUCUCCAACAAUAAUUAUAUCAUGCACGUUUCUUUUCAUUUGACUGCUUUUCUAUCAAAUUAUAUUAAGAGGAAUUACUGAGGAAAUCUGAUAAUAUUCAUAUUAUUAUUUGAUACAAACAAAUGCAUUUGUUCAAUGUUGUCAUUGGUUUUUAUGGAAAAAAGUGAGCAAUUUAUUAACCAAAUGUUUUAUAAUUUGAUGAUAUGUAAGAUACAUCGUGAUUGAUUAUAAAAAGAAUUUUGAAAAUUAGCGCUAGAAGAGAUUUCAUGAUUGCUAUACUAAACAAAUUAAAAAAAAAAAUGAUAUAAGUAAGAAAACAUUGAUGCAAUUAGCAAUUAUUUGCAUUAUCAAGAAUAUCGAUAGAAUCACUAUUCAUAGCUGAGCUGCCAAAGAUUGUGCGGGAACUGAUUGAGAGCAAGUAUUUACAAAAAAAGAACAAAAUUAUUAUGUCAAAAACGGUAUUAUGUGUUUUACUAAAAGUGUUAAUGUUAGCGGGAGCGGAUACUUUAUCAAAGUAUCCGGAAAAUAGUGUAGCUUCGAGAGAGUGCGAUGGGCCAUGUGCCCAGAUUCAGAUCUCAUGCAAGAUAUUUCAGUAUCCGAGAACAACGAUUAUCAUAUUUUACAAAACCGCAAAUCUGACCGGAGCCAUCCUGAUAGUGUGAGUGUGAGAAACAAAUUUGACAAAAUUCCAUUUGCAAAUAUAUCUGUGAUCCCAAAAUCUGUUGAAAGCAUUUUGAGCAAACCAACAUCUCCCAGAGCAUUUGUAGAAUUCUAUAAUCAAUUUCUAAAUGAAGACGACGAUAUUUCUGUGACAUUCAGAUGGAACCAACCUGAAUUUACAGACGAAGUAAUACAAGGAUACACAGUGCAAUGUUGGUUCACUGAAAAUCUAAAAAAGAUUCAAAUCUGCAACGACAAAAGUAUCUCAGCUACAAUAUUGGAGUGCACGGUGCACAAUCUAAAACCUAACAUGACGUACUACUUUCAAGUACGAGCGCAUACUAAAGUUGGAGCUGGCCCUUACACAGAUUUAUUUAAUGUAUCGAUUACGCAUGAAAACCCAAUACCGCAAUUAUUGAUAGUAACGGGAAACGGUAUCGCUAUAUGGGAUCUUGAUUCAAAAAUCAACGUUAAUCUCGUUAAGGAUGAAUUCGUGAGAUAUGUCACUUAUUCGAUAGCGGAACAUAAAAUUUAUUGGAGCAACAAUAUGAAAGAGCUAAUGAUAUUGGAGAUUAAUGAAAACAAUAUUAAAAAAAUAGCUAGGAGUAAAUAUAUUCCGUCACAUCUCUGCAUCGAUUGGGUAGCAAGAAAUCUGUACUGGAAAGAAUAUGACGGAAAUAAAUAUGAUUAUUUAAUGAAGCUCGAUUUAACACUGUGGGAAAAUGGCAUAGUCAAAUAUGAUAAGAUAUCGGAAACAAGAACCAUAUUUCAUUAUCGCAGUUCUUUAAAUAUACUACCGUCUAUAGGAACUUUAUAUUGGGAAAAUUUAACUGAAUAUGGAGAAACUCAGAUAAUGCAAUCGGAUUUUGAUGGAAAAAACGCUCGAAUCUUUCAGAAAAAUAUAUCUAUAUGCCCCGUCAAAGUCGAUAUGUCACUUUUUAUUUUUAUGAAAAUUGAUGAUAUAAAUAUUAAGAAACCGCUAAUUUAUUGGCUAUUUUAUAAUCUCUUGCUUGUGACAGACAUUAACGUUUCUAUAUGCAAAUUCUAUAUACAAAGUGAAAAAAUCAGUAAUUACAAAUAUAUCAAAUUUUUAGCGAGUGACAAGACAAACAUUUAUAUUCAUAUGAUGUUUGAUGAUAAUAAUAUAUAUGUUUUGGAAAAAAAGUAUGCACUUCUCGAAAGCGUAGAUGCAUUCAAAUACAUCCAAAAGAUAAAAAUGUAUUCCCAAAUUGAAAGAUUUUAUUCUUUCGGUAAAUCUUUGCAACCAUAUCCUUCGACAAGAUGUCUGACACUCGACAAAAAAGUUUACAACGUAGGAAUAUUGAUGGUAACAACGAACAGCAUCAUCGUAAAUCUUCCAGAGCUGGUCCACAAGAGUGGAUGCAAAAACAACUUACCUCCCACUUUAUAUACCAUCAACAUAAGCUAUCGUUUAGACGAUGAGCUUAACAAGUUCGAUAACUUCAUCGUGCGGACGUACGAGCAAUAUUACGAAAUUCAGAAUUUAACGCUUACAGAGUACAAAUUACUGUUAGUCCGAACAAGCAAUUUUUACUCUGAUCAGUUAUCGAUGGAGCCAUUAUUCGACUCGGAAGUGAUAGUGAUGAUGAGAACUAAACCGAAAAAAUUAGACACACCGGAGAAUGUGACAGUUGAGGCUCUGACACUUACUAUAGCGGCAGUUUAUUGGAUGCCGCCUAAGACGCUGAACAUGCCUGUGAUCCACGAAGUACACUUGGUGUGUGAUAACAAUCUGUUUGAAAAUAAAAUCUUUAUUGUCGAAAAGGCUGAACAUAUGAGAAACGGCAUAUUUUUUAAAAUAAUCGAAGAGUUAACACCAGGACAGAAUUACACGAUAUAUGUACGCAUAUAUCCAGUCAACUUCAGUGAUUAUUAUAAUGACAGUUUGAGCAAAAUCUUGUACAUGUAUUCGGAACCAAACGAUAUCAUUUUAAGCGAGACUAGCAUAACCAGUAUGAUUAUCUCGUGGAUUCCUUCUGUUAAUUUGACGAUUGAUUACGUACUAGAAUACAAACAUUUUGAGACGCAGGAGUGGCAAUUUGCAAAAAACUUCGAGCCGAAUAAUGGGGGAAAAGUAAUUUAUUAUAUAAAAGACUUAUUACCAGGAACUCGAUACGAGUUUCGUUUGAUACUGAGAUACCCGAAAUACGAGAAAAACUUUAUAUAGCCAUCUGAUGGAAGAUUUACUUUUUCAAUACUGACAAGUAGCAUUUUGAGGAAACCAACAUCUCUCAGAGCAUUUGUCGAGUUCUACAAUGGAUUCCUAAAUAAAGAAGACGACAUUUCUGUGACAUUCAGAUGGAACCAACCUGAAUUUACAGACAAAGUAAUACAAGGAUACACCGUGCAGUGUUGGUUCAUCGAGAACCUAAAAAAGAUUCAAAUCUGCGACGACAAAAGUAUCUCAGCUACAAUAUUGGAGUGCACGGUGCACAAUCUAAAACCUAACACGACGUACUACUUUCAAGUACGAGCACAUACUAAAGUUGGUGCUGGUCCUUACACAGAUUUAAUUAAUGUAUCGACUACGCACGAAAAUCCAAUACCGCAAUUAUUUAUAGUAACGAGAAACGGUAUCGAUAUAUGAGAUCUGGAUUCAAAAAUCAAUAUUAAUCUCGUUAAGGAUAUCGACAUUUUACAUGCCACGUAUUCCAUAGCGGAACAUAAAAUUUAUUGGAGCAAUACAAAGAGAGAGCUGAUGAUGUUGGAGAUGAAUGAAAACAGUAUUACAAAAAUAGCUAAACUUCAAGAAAUAGCGUACAAUCUCUGCAUCGAUUGGGUAGCAAGAAAUCUGUACUGGAUGGAAUCCGACUAUAUAUUUGGUUUUGGUGACAUUGUGAAGCUCGACUUAACAAUGUGGGAAAAUGGCAUAAUCAAAUAUGAUAAAAUAUCAAAAAUAAAAACCUAUCUUGACAUUGAUCGUUUAAAUAUAUUACCGUCUAUAGGAACUUUAUAUUGGACAAAUCACUCUACGGAUAAUAAAUGUCAGAUAAUACAAUCGGAUCUUGAUAAAAAACGCUCGAAUCUUAAAACAACAGCUCGAAUCUCGAAAACAACAGCUUUAUUAUAUCAUUUAGUUGAUAUGAAAAUUGAUGACAUGAAUACUAAGGAGCCGCUAGUUUACUGGCUAUGGUCUGAUUUUUUGUUUGUGACAGACAUUAACGUUUCUAUGUGCAAUUUGAUUUUACAAGUCGAUAAUAUUACGAAAAAUGAAGAACAUAAAAUAAACUUUCAAUCUUUAACAAUUGACAAGACAAACAUUUACAUUUCUACAGCUUUAAAUAAAAAUAUAUAUGUUUUGAAAAAAGAGUAUGCACUUCUCACGAGCGAAGACGCAUUCAAAAACAUCGAAAAAAAAACAGCGUCUUCCUGGAUUAAUUACUUGUAUGCUUUCGGUAAAUCUUUGCAAUCGUGUCCUCCAAGGAGAUGUCUGACGCCCAACAAAAAAGUUUACAACGGAUUGAUGUACACAGUAACGACGAAUAGUAUCAUCAUAAAUCUUCCGGAACCGGUCUCUAAGAGUGGAUGCAAAAGGCACAACUUAUCUACCACUCUAUAUACCAUCUACGUAAACUAUUGUUUGGAUAAUGAGCUUAAUAAGUUCGACAAUUUCACCGUGCAGACCAACGAGCGAUAUUACGAGAUUCAGAAUUUAACGUCGCUUACAGAGUACAAAUUACUGUUAGUAAUAAGCAAUUUUUAUUCUGAUCAGUUAUCGAUGGACCCGUUAUUCCGUUUGGAAGUGAUGCUGAGAACUAAACCGAGUAAGCUCGGCGCACCAGAAAAUGUGACAGUUUAUGCUCUGACACCUACUGUAGCGAUAGUUUAUUGGAUGCCACCCAAGAAACUAAACUGCGUGCCCGUGAUCUACGAAGUACAUUGGACGUUAAUUACUAACAGUAAGCAACAAAUAAAGAAGCUAUUUAAUAAUAAGACCGAACAUAAAGAAGAUAGCAAAUUUUUCACAAAAAUUGAACCGUUGAUACCAGGAAAUAGAUACGAUGUAUAUGUACGCAUGUAUCCAGUCAACUUCAGCAAUUAUUAUAGUGAAAGUUUGAGCAAAAUGUUGGACAUGUAUUCGGAACCAAACGAUAUAAUUUUAAACGGGGUUAGCAUAAAUGAUAUGAAUAUCUCGUGGAUUCCUAGCCUUAGUUUCAUUGAUUACCAAUUGGAAUACAAAAAUGCUGAGAUGGAGGAGUGGCAAAUUGUAGACGACAUUGAGCACAAUAAUAGGGGGAAAUUAAAGUACUAUAUAAAAAAUUUACUACCAGGAACUCUAUACGAGUUUCGAUUGAUACUGAGAUACCCUAGGUACAAAGAUUUUAUAUGGCCGUCUGAUGGAAGAGUUAUUUUUUCAACACUGACAAUGUACCGACAACGCAAAGAAAGUAACGAGCAAAUUUUGCCUCCUGUAAUGACCGACAUCGAAUUAGAGACUUCACAUCAGAUACCUAACGUUUCUAAUGUUCAACUCAACACGUUAUACAGUCCUAUGUUAGAACAUAAUUUGAAUAAAUAUGCACUGACCGAAAUACGUGAGGAAAUCAGAUUAGGAAAACUUUUAGGCAGCGGCGCAUUCGGAAUGGAGUUUCAAGCAAAAGUAAAGAAUUUAGAAAGGCCGGGCACAGAGAUAUCCGCUGCCAUAAAAAUGCUUCGAGAAAAUGCUUCUUCGCAAGACAAAGAGAAAUUUUUAGAAGAGGCCAAGCUUAUGAAUCACUUCCGACAUAAACAUGUGCUAAGAUUGCUGGGCGUCUGCUUAGACGGCGAAGAUGCUCCAUUAAUCGUGUUGGAAUUAAUGGAAAUUGAUCUGCUACAAUAUUUGAGAGAUAGUCAAAAAUUGCAACCGUCAGAUUCGCACGCUCUGCGUUUGCAAGAUUUAUUCGCCAUGUGCGAAGAUGUUGCGCGAGGUUGUUGCUACCUGGAAGAUCUGCGUGUCGUUCAUAGAAAUCUAGUGUGUCAUAGUUGUUUAGUAUCCGCGAGAAAUCGCGAGAACCGUGUCGUCAAAAUCGGCGAUUUUGCACUAGCUAGAGAUAUUUCUAAGAAAGACUUAUACCGCUUGGUGGGAAUGGAUUGUCUUCCUAUUCGUUGGAUGGCACCGGAAUCUUUGGUGGUCGGAAUAUUUACUUCCCAAAGCGACGUUUGGUCAUUCGGGGUUCUCAUGUGGGAAAUUACAUCAUUGGGUGAGCAUCCCUAUACUGGCAGAACUAAUCAGGAAGUGAUAGAUUAUGUCCGCGCUGGAGGCAGAUUGCCGAUGCCUCUCAAUUGUCCGCCAACCUUGUACGAGUUGAUGCUACGUUGCUGGAGUCCAGCAAAUGAUAGACCGAACUUCAACUUUUGUCUCGAAAAUAUUAUAACUCUAAGAAAUAAUAUGGAAGAUACCUUACUGAGUCCAGUGGAUAUUAUGUAAUCGAUAAAAUUAAAUUAAUUAAUAACAUUAUUUUUCGAACGAUCUAAUGAAUCUUAACAUAGGAAAAAUAAUUUAGAAUAACUAAUAUUCUGCCGUUUUCGAGUUUAAUCUUAAUAUAUUAGAUUUGUCGAUAAAGAUAAAAAAGACAUUUUUCAAUUUUACUUUGCAAACAAUUUUGAUGAUUAAAAACACAGCACUUGUUCUUACAACUGUAAAUAACGUGAUGCUGACGCUAGUACUUUCAAAUAAUCUUCUGAUAUUACUAUAAUUAUCUGUAGAUUGCCACAGUAAUUUUAGAAAUAAUGUUUAUUUUUCAUAUUAUAUUAGUACCUGCUUUAUA